UGAAUAUAAAUACUGUAUUACAAAGCAGGUUCUAUUUGAGUUUGCACUGUUGGUUAAAAAUAUGGGUACCUUAAUUGGGGUAGUGUUUGGGGUGGUAGUUUUAUUUUACAGAUUUAUUUUACAGUUUUAUUUCACAGAUUUUUUUUACAGUGGCUCAGUUUUGUAAAAGCAUUUUGUCUGCAAAUUAUUACAUAAAUUUUAAAUAUAGCUGAGCUGCGCGUUCUAAACUAAACGUAAAAGUAAAACUUCUUUUAACCAAUUGGUGCUAAAUUCGGUAUGUUAAGCGAUUUAAGAGCCGUCGUAGUGGAGUAAAAGUGAAUAUAAAAUUAAUGUAUAUUUAUAAAAUAUAUGCUUUGAAUAUUGAAAUUACUUACCCCAGCCACUACCCCAAAUACUACUCUAAUUCGGUUACCCCAUGUUUGCAAUGAAACCAAAAUUGACUGUGGUGACGAAGUUGCAAUGACUAGCAAUUUAAACAUGACGUUUCCACAGCACGCACAAUUUGACGCAUCACAAAAAACAGCAUGCAGAAGAUGAUUAUAAAAACGUGACAUACUUAACCUAAUUAGUGCUUAUCUGUGUUUUUAAUGAACUGUAUUUUGAAGACUCUUGAGAAUACACUAAAUACUCAAUCAUACCUCCUGUUGCGAGGAGAUAAUCUUUAAAGAUUCUUACCCACGAUCUAUUAUUGCUAACUUUUACAAAACAAUCUGUUUUGUGACCUUUAAAUGAAGCUAAUGAUUAAAAACGCGUUAGUUGUUUUUAUUGAAUUCUGUGAGUAUAAAAGUCCUGGUAAACAAUUUAAUUACAUGAGAUUUGUAUUAAAGUCGGCCAAACUUUACGUAAUUUUCGAUAAUAUCUGUGUGAGCUAGUAAAUCAUGAAGAAACUAAUGCUAGCGAGCUUACUAUUCAUACUUUGCUGCAACCAUUCUAUUAAUGGUCUUGCGAGCGGAUUUCAACUGGGAAAGAGCAAAAGGCACAAAGCUCAAGGGCGAGACAAAAUUAUCGAGUUUUGUUCAUGGAAUCCCAAGUUUUGUAGAAUGUUGGUGCAGAAAGCAUAUGCAACUAUUCCUACAACAUCCACAGCAAAGUCAAGACGAGCUACGACUAAAUCAAAACUUUUUAAGACUACGUCAACGCUGUUUGCGACAAAGUCGAAACUAUUAUCGACUAAAUCGAGGCUAUUUACGACAAAGUCGAAAUGAUUUAUGGCUAUGAUAAAAAACAAGCAAACAUUUAUUAAAAUCGCCCUUUAUUACUUACGACUAAAUCGCAACUAUUUACGACAGAGUUGAAUCUAUUUACAGCGAAAUUAAACUAGUUACACUGAAGUCGGAUAGAAGGACAAGUAAAUCUAGAGACAACAAAAAAAACAUGAAAAUAGGGAGGAAGCCCUAGAAGAAAAGCACAUAAUAAUCUUCUGGUCACAAUUAUGUUUUAAAAGAGGUUUUUUGCUCUUCUCCUGAGUGAUAAGAUGUAAUGUGUUGUUGGCAAACAUACUAAAAUAUGUGAGAUUGUCAGCUGUAGCAAGAGAAUAAUAAAACCUUGGACAUUAUGACAUAAACUUACAGUAUCCACUAUAAUAUACACAUUUUCUUGUUACAUCUUAUUCUUUUGUAUUUAAAGGGGAACUUCAGUAAAAAUCACUUUUUUCUUUUUUGUAUAUACGUACACAGAAAAGCAUAAAUGCUAAAGUUAAUGGUAAGUUUAAACGGACCGUUUAAAUGUAAGAUAAAAAAACUUACCGUGUAAACAGCAAAGAUGUACAACUUUUUCCUGUUUUAUAAGUUUUUUUAAAAGUUGGACACGUUCAACUUUUGCUAAGUUUUUUCUAUUGAAAUUAACAGAAUGAUUAAUGAGCUAUUGUUUAAACUA